AUGAAGACCCUCAGCCAGAACGACAAAAACGUUCUGUCCCGAAUUUUCGAGUCUCAUCCUUCGGGAUCUUUAGCGACCUCACCAAUUGAUCAUACUCUCCCAACCAGUCUUCCUUCGAUUCCCCCAGGCGCUCUUUCAGAACUCCGUGAACUCGAGUUCGCUGCUAUCAGCCCUCUGGAUGGUGAACGUCCGUCACAAGAAUCACUUCGUCAAAGUAUUGCUAAAUUAACCGACCUUGUAACGUCAUACCCACAAUAUUCAAGUGCGUACAAUAAUCGUGCCCAGGCAUUACGCCUGUUACAUGGAGACGAUUUAUACAAUGAGGCUAUCAGAGAUAGUACUUUGUGGAGCGAUCUUUGCAGCGCCAUUGCAUUUGCGUCGCCCGGUCAAUCGCAACAGCGAGUCUGCGAACUGCAGGGGCAAAUCUUGAGGUCUGCUUAUGCCCAAAGAGGAUUUUUGACAUGGAAAGCAGCAAAGAACUCAGCAAUCACCCUGGAUUCCAAUAAUCUGCCGUUGGAACUAGUAGGCCUAGAGAAAGAGGCUAUUGAAGACAAAGCAAGAAGCGACCUAGAAGCUGCAGGCAGAUAUGGCGACCAGGAGGCAAAGAAAAUGGCCAUCAGUGCCAACCCGUAUGCCAGACUUUGUGGCAACAUCGUGGAAGAGGCCAUGAUAGCAGAAAUGCAAAAAAUGAGGGAUUCGUGGAAUAAAGGUCAAAGUCAUACAUCCAAAGGUAACUGA